AUGGGGACCCUGCGUCCGAGGCAGCACCGGGUAAGAAGGCUUGGGCCAAGGACCGUCAGUGGGGGAGGCAGGCGUGGAAGGAUGGGGCUCCCGCAGCCUGUGCUUCGUGUGUUCUUUGACUCUCAGCCCAUCUGUCUGUCCCAGUUGAUCUUAUCCUCUGUCCAGCCUCUUUUUCCAGAAGACCUAGCAGUUCUGCCCUCUCAGCCCUCACCAGGGGGUAUCAAGGAAUGGAUAGUGAUGGGUCAGCCUUGAGGCCUCUGGGGCAGGGGAUGGGGAGCCAGCAGGAGGAAACUGGGCAUCCAGGGGGAGCUCAGGGAUGGCAGUGUGGGGCACAGGGCUGAGGCUCUGUGGACAGGCCAGAGGUGCCCAGGGGAUGGGUCUGUGGGCACAGAGAUGUGGCUUUGAGGACAGAAAUGGGGCUAUAAGGAGAAAGACGGCGAUUGAGGGAACAGGGAUAUGGCCCGGGGGAAAGUGUGGUGUCCAUGGUGGGAGAGGUGGGGCUGUGAGCAUGUAGGGUGGGACCGAAGUAAAGGGGACAUGGUGAUGGUCAGAGAUGGGGCAGUGAGGUCAGGUGGGGCCCUGGGAUCAGAAAUGGGUUAAUGGUUAUCAGAGAGGGCUGAGGGCCCAGGAAUGUGUGGUCGUGCCAAAAUGGAAGGUGGGUGUCAGGUGGGUGGGUAAGGCUCAGAAGUGGGGUUGGAGACAGGUGGAUUGAAGCCAGGUGAGCCCUGAUGAUCAGGGGAGGUGUGCAGUGAGGGCCGACUGGGGCCGGGAGCGAGAGAUCGGCUGAUUAGGGGCAGCUGAGGAGAACUGGAUCAGGCAUGGGACAGCCAGAGUCAUUUAGAGUUGCCAUGGGUAAGAGAACUCUGUGAAGUCAAAUGGGUCGGGAUGAUGUGGGAAGGGAAAACCAGCUGGUCCCAGGCCAACUGCGGGACUUCACCUUCCCCUCCUCUCCUCUUCCCAGCCCCACCCGCAGCACCUGACAUGAGCCCCUGCGGGCCCCUCAACCUGAGCCUGGCGGGCGAGGCGACCACGUGCACGGCACACGGGCCCCCCAACACGUCCGCUGGACCACCGUUGGGCCUGGCGGGCGCAUCGCCCGCGCUGCCCAUCUUCUCCAUGACACUGGGGGCCGUGUCCAAUGUGCUGGCCCUGGGGCUUCUGGCGCAGGCCGCGGGCCGUCUGCGGCGCCGCCGCUCAGCAGCCACCUUCCUGCUGUUCGUCGCCAGCCUGCUGGCCACCGACCUGGCGGGCCACGUGAUCCCGGGGGCGCUGGUGCUGCGCCUGUACGCGGCGGGGCGCGCGCCUGCCGGCAGCGCCUGCCACUUCCUGGGCGGCUGCAUGGUCUUCUUCGGCCUGUGCCCGCUACUGCUGGGCUGCGGCAUGGCCGUGGAGCGCUGCGUGGGCGUCACGCGGCCGCUGUUGCACGCAGCCCGCGUCUCGGUGGCCCGUGCGCGGCUGGCUCUGGCAGCGCUGGCCGCCGUGGCCUUGGCCGUGGCGCUGCUGCCGCUGGCGCGCGUAGGUCGCUAUGAGCUGCAGUACCCCGGCACGUGGUGCUUCAUCGGGCUGGGCCCGGCGGGAGGCUGGCGCCAGGCGCUGCUCGCCGGCCUCUUCGCCGGCCUCGGCUUGGCUUCGUUGCUCGCCGCGCUCCUGUGCAACACGCUCAGCGGCCUGGCCCUGCUGCGCGCCCGUUGGCGGCGGCGCCGCUAUCGACAGCACUUCCCAGCCGGAGGAGGCCCCGACAGCCGCCGUCACUGGGGAGGGCGCGGAACCCGCUCGGCCUCCGCUUCGUCCGCCUCGUCCGUCACUUCGGCCUCCGCCUCCCCGGGCGGCUCUCCGGGCCGUGGUUCCUCGCGCAGAGCCCGCGCCCACGACGUGGAGAUGGUGGGCCAGCUCGCAGGCAUCAUGGUCGUGUCGUGUAUCUGCUGGAGUCCCCUGCUGGUGGUGGUGGUGCUGGCCGUCGCAGGCUGGGGCUCCAGCUCCCUGCAGCAGCCGCUGUUUUUGGCCGUGCGCCUCGCCUCGUGGAACCAGAUUCUGGACCCCUGGGUGUACAUCUUGCUGCGCCAGGCAGUGCUUCGCCAACUGCUUCGCCUGCUGCCUUCAAGGGCUGGCGCCAAGGGCAGCCAUGCGGGUCUGGGCCUAACCAGGAGCACUUGGGAGGCCAGCUCGCUGCGCAGUUCUCGGCAUAGUGGCCUCAGCUCUUUUUAGGCACGCCUGGCGUCUAAGCCAGGCCACCCGGGACCGGCCUCAGGUCCGCAGCGCAGAGCCUUCUGGGAAUGAAAGCUUUUUGCGGACAAGCCCAGGGCGGUGGGUCCCGUCCGGGUUGCAGCACCCUAGUGGCUGCGCGGAGGCGGCAUAGGCGCUGUGUGCGCCUCCGGGGCGUGCAGUUCUUGAACUUGCCACGCGGGGGCGUAGAGCAGCAGAGCGGGAGUUGCCGGAGCAUGCGCAAAACUCCAGGGUCACAGUCCCGGGUCGGGGGCUCCGCUGGGAGCAGAGCAAGAGGGUUUGGGGGCGCUAGUCGCCCCUGCCGCCAUCAGGAAUGACUCCCACAACCAUUCGCUCAUUGUGGCUCUGACCGCCCCCAACACAACCCCCAAGUCCCUACCCACAAGCCACGCUCCAUUACGGGCCUCUGAUUCCUCUACACAGCUUCCAUGGCAGCCCACCUAGGCUCUCCACCAGUCACAGGCCUGAGUCUCCACCACCCCUUGUCCCCUCCUCAUAUGAUUCCCCACCAUAAUCCAGGGCAUCUCCCCAUCACUCCCUAC